UUCAUAUCCUCGUCCCAUUAAGACCAUUAAGCGGCCUUCUCAUGAUGAGCUAUGGCUGCUAGGAGACUAACGCGAACUGCACAAUGGUCGAUUGUGCAACAACAAUAUCUUCUACGUUUAGUGUCGACUUCAUUGUUUUCCCACUCAUCUUUCCAAAACCACUCCUUCCCUUCAGCAUUUCAUCGAGCAGGUCUUGUGCAUUCUCAAAUCGUAAGCUAUGUCCCACGUUUUGUCUCCUCCAACCACUUCUCCACUCAAAUCAUCUCCGCCAUGUUUGAUGUCAACCAAGCCUUGGCUCCGUUGGUACAGGGUCUGAUUGAUUUGAUCAGACAUGUCUCUGAGCUAGAGUCAGAGGCGGAUGCCAUGGCAUCUCUAGAGGAAUCAUCCUUUGAUCUAAAUCAUGACUCUUUCUACUCUUUAAUCUGGGAAUUAAGAGAGGAAUGGAGGCUUGCCUUCCUAGCAUUCAAAUGGGGAGAGAAACGCGGCUGUGAUGAUCAGAAAGCUUGUGAUUUGAUGAUCUGGGUCUUGGGUAAUCAUCAAAAGUUCAACAUUGCUUGGUGUUUGAUCCGUGAUAUGUUUCAUGUUUCAAAAGAUACUAGAAAGGCCAUGUUUCUCAUGAUGGACAGAUAUGCUGCUGCUAAUGAUACUAUCCAAGCUAUUCGGACAUUUGAUAUUAUGGAUAAGUUUAAACACACCCCUGAUGACGAAGCAUUUCAAGGACUGCUAUAUGCCUUGUGUAGACAUGGGCACAUUGAAAAAGCUCAAGAGUUCAUGCUUGCAAGCAAAAAGCUCUUUCCGGUCGAUGUUGAGGGAUUCAACAUCAUUCUUAAUGGUUGGUGUAACAUUUGGACUGAUGUGACUGAAGCAAAGAGGAUUUGGCGAGAGAUGGGGAAUUACUGUAUCACGCCUAACAAGGACUCUUACAGUCACAUGAUCUCUUGCUUCUCUAAAGUUGGGAACCUUUUUGAUUCUCUCAGGCUAUACGAUGAGAUGAAGAAACGGGGAUUGGCUCCAGGGAUUGUAGUUUACAAUUCUUUGCUUUAUGUGUUGACCCGUGAGAAUUGCUUUCAUGAAGCUAUGAAGCUUUUGGAAAAGAUGGACGAGGAAGGAUUAAAACCAGGUUCAGUCACCUACAACUCAAUGAUACGUCCCCUUUGUGAGGCUGGAAAGCUGGACGUAGCCAGGAAUGUAUUGGCAACCAUGAUAAGUGAGAACCUUAGUCCAACAGUUGAUACAUUUCAUGCAUUCCUUGAGGCUGUAAAUUUCGAUACAAAUUUGGAGGUUUUAGGCCAAAUGAAGGUUUCUGGUUUAGGUCCUACAGAAGACACCUUUCUUCUUAUUCUUGGAAAAUUGUUCAAGGGAAAGCAACCAGAAAAUGCUUUGAAGAUCUGGGCAGAAAUGGAUCGUUUCGAGAUAGUGGCUAAUCCUGCUCUUUACUUGGCUACAGUACAGGGCCUCUUGUCAUGUGGGUGGCUUGAAAAGGCCAGAGAGAUCUAUUCAGAGAUGAAAUCAAAGGGGUUCCCAGGAAAUCCUAUGCUCCAGAAACUUCUGGAGGAGCAAAAGGUGAAGGGGAUCAGAAAAAGCAAGAGGAUAGAUCUUCAAAAAGUUGGUUCUCAGGGAGGCUAUAAGGGUCAGCGAUCAAUAUACAAAAAAGAAUCAGAUACGGGUAAGACUUGAAGAGUGUGGAUCAAACAACUCAUGUAUCAAUUCUCAGACCUCAUGGUCUCCACUCUUCUGAAAUAUGUUAUGUGCAAUCUGCACGACACCAGAAGCUUGGUUCCCAGCCUAUCCGUUCCAUUUGGUUUGUCUGCUUUCACUACAUCUGCCGUGCAGUUUUCCAGGUAGUCUUUUCGUCCGUUUUCCUAAAGGAGAAUAUCAAUGAAUCUGUAAUACUAAUCAUUUGCGACUAUAGUAUGCUGAUUCAGGAAUCUCUCUCCAGAAUUACAUGAAAGACAUUAGAAACUAGUGUGAUUCUUGAUUGUUACACGCCCACGGCCCACGCAUCGCUGCGCGUUCAAGUUACAAGAAGUUACGGUUCAAUGUGUUAUGAUAAGAGCCAGACCGCACAACAGGCAAAGGCUAUGCUCAAUGUGUUUCGAAGGCAAGAUCUUCAGAGCUCUCAUUGUCUAUUAUGUCUUUUUCUGUAUUCUUUUGUCCUUGGACUUCGUUUUUUAUAAUUCUUCUGUAUCAUGACUCAUGAAUCAAUAAUGAAUGUUAUGGGUCCCUUGAUUAUGGCUCGCU